AAGAGCGGCGGGGCUUCCACUGUGGGCAAAGAUAGAGAAACACGCAAAUUAUAUUGGCUGCUUAAAAUGCAGAUUUCGGGAUCCGAUUCUGUGAAAGUGGACCUCAUUCACUCCGAAGGGCCUCUGUUUGGUUUUACUGAAUAAACAAAAUGGCAUCUUCGAGCGCGAGUAUACUUUCGCAGAAGGAGCAGCGCAUCCGAGAGAUGCGUAUGGAGCUGAACCAGGUGCAGGGGCAGCGGUCCGUGCCGGAUUUCGUUGACGCCAGAGUGGUCGCGAACCAGAAUGCCGGGGGCGGGGUGUCUUAUCUAGAGCAGCAAUUAGCUGGCGAUGCUAAAGCUCAGUGGAGCAACUACGUUCCCGACGAGCUGCCGCACGAGCAAAAUGGAGCGCUCUAUUUCUACGAAGUGCAUCGGAGACGCAAAACAGAAGGGGAAGUAUACCACCGUUGCAAUAUUCAGUUCGGCCGGAAAACCUUGGAGGAAGCGGUAUCUACACGAAGUGAAUGAUUUUCAUCGAACGAUGACAAUGAAGAUUUGGCAAUCGCGAUUGCAAUUCAGGGUGACCAAAGGCAUAUGAAAAAAGCAAUCAAUACACAUGCACCGCAACAGAUGAUUGGCGACCUCACUAAGCCGAUGACUGUAAAAGUCAGGUUCGAAUAAGAGCUCUUCUCACGGUCCGGCGUGCAUCGUGCGGAAUCCGCAGCCUGAAAAAGCUGCGUGAUGGUACAGAUUUUGCAGCAAGCCGUCUGUCGGAUCUGCCGCCGUCAUUGUUUGAAGCCACAGCCACAACGGAAGGCCGCUUCAGGCGGCGUGGAAUGGCGGCACGGAGCAUGGAUGUUGUGGACGAAUGUGAAUGCAGCGAGUAGUUUGGACUUUCCUUCUUUAGGUAGCUUGAACAGAAGGUGGAACUGCGUUUCUUCGAAGAAGGUUUCAGACAGUAGAAAUCAUAAGGAAGUACAAGAAGAGUUGUAAUUCGUGAAGAGUUUCUGUUUCUGAUUUCACAUUGAAAGACGCAAGCCGACAUUUGGCAGCGAACGGAGCGGCGCAUGUGCAAGGAUUCGUGUUGUGAGCCGCAAGUUUUCGGCAUUUUCGUCACGCAAAAGCAAAAGCUGCUUCUGGCAUGCUCAAGCAUUUAUGUUCGUACACACGACACCGUCGAGUAGAGUGGUAAAACCUCAAAGAUAUCGCCGAAGUAUGAGCGUC